AUUUAUCUUACCAGGAGAGGUGGACAUUGGAAUUCCCUAUGAAGACUUUUUGUCACCAGAUGAAGAAAUGAAUACUAGAAAGGAAAAAGAGGCCAAAAAGCGUCAAGAACUGCUAUUAUCAGUAAACUUCUCAAAGCUGACACUGGAACAAAAAGAACUCUGCCGUAGCAGGCUGAAGUUGUUAACUUACCUUGAUCGCCUCGAAACCUAUGAGGAAAUCCUUGGAGGGCCUCAUGCAGCUGAGCAGCACUAUGAUGGUGAAUUCUUCAAAAAGUUCAGAAAUCAAAAUAUUGUACUUUCAGCAAGGACUUAUGCUCGGGAAAGCAAUGUCAGAGCCCUGGAAAUUUUGUUCACUUUCCAUGGAUCAUCUUUACUUCCACACAGACAGGCAAUUCUCUCCAAUUUUCCAGAGACUACUUCACCACAUGAAUAUGCUUUCUUGUUGCCUGAAGCUUGUUACAAGCAGGGGACAUUGAAAAUUCUUCCUUGGAAUGAGCAGAAACAUCGUGAAGAAGACUGGUGUGAAAAAGCAGAAUGCAGGAUGAUUGUUGAGCCGACUUUACAAGAUGAAGGUGAAUUUCUAUAUGAAAUGCAACCUGAGUUACUGAAGUACAGGACUACUGACCUUUCAGUAGAUCUCGUUACCGAUUGGUAUUUGAGCAGAGCACAGGAAAUUGAAAAAUACGCGAUGCAGGUGGACUGUGCGCUGUCCCUUGUUCGUCUUGGCAUGGAGAGGAAUAUCCCUGGUCUGCAGGUGCUUUGUGACAAUCUGAUCACUCUUGAGACAUUAGUUUAUGAGACUGAUGGUGAUCGAACCUUAACUUUGAAGGAACUUGUAGAGAUGAAAGACAUAGAAAAGCUAAGACUGUUGAUGAAGAAUUCCUCUGAUGAAAAAUAUGUGAAGAAUGUUUAUCAGUGGAUGAUCCCUUUUCUCCACCGCUGUGAAAAUCAGUCCCCUGGUCUGGCAAAUGCACUUUUUAAAGAAUAUUUAGUAACAUUAGCAAAGGAAGACCUGACUCUACCUCUGAAGAUAUUUCAGAAUUCUAAACCAACUUGUCAGCAAAAAAUUAUUCCUGAUCAAGACCAGCUUAUGGUUACGGCAUUAGAAUGUAUUUACAGCUGCGAACGCGAUGACCAGCUCUCUCUCUGUUACGAUAUUUUGGAAUGCCUUCCACAAAGAGGAUAUGGGCCUGAAACAAAUAAAACUAAUACUCUUCAUGAUGAAGUAGAUGAACUGGAACAAAUUCUUAGCGUGUCAGAGCUGUUGGAGAAACAUGGACUUCAGAAACCUGUUUCCUUUGUGAAAGACACGAAGGACAACGCGGAGGAGGCACGGAAGCUGAUGAUUAGGCUGACGAGGCACACAGGUCGAAAGCAACCAUCAGUCAGUGAGACACAGUGGAAGGAAUUGCUCCAGGAUAUGCUAGAAAUGCAGCAGAAAGUAUAUACAUGCUUACGUUCAGAUACUUGCUAUGAGAUAUUCACAGAAAGUCUUUUAUGCUCAAGCAGUAUAGACAAUAUCCACUUAGCUGGGCAAAUGAUGCACUGCAGUAUUUGGUCAGUGGAUCUACCAAGUUCAUCAAAAGGGAUGCCACGGUACCGAGUCAGCUAUGCGAAAAGUAUUGAACUAGUUUUGGCUGCUGGCAGAGAAUAUUUCAAUUCUUCAACAAGUUUGACUGAUAGCUGUAUGGAUUUGGCCAGGUGCUGCCUACAACUUAUUGUAGACUGUCCGAGUGCUAUUCAGGAGGAGCUAGAUCUCAUUCGUGCUCUCAGCUACCUUGAAGAAUUUGGCGUGAAAAUAUUACCAUUACAAGUGCGUUUAUGUUUGGAUCGACUUAGCCUCAUCAAGGACUGUCUUACUCAGAUGUCAGCAAACUAUAAGCAGUCUGCUAAGCUCCUGGAACUUGCAAAUUUGCUGAGGGUUGCAGGAGAUGAUCAGAUGGAGAGAAAAGGUCAAGUUUUAAUCCUUUUAGUGGAACAAGCUCUCAGUUUCCAGGACUACAGGGCAGCUAGUAUGCAUUGCCAAGAGCUCAUGGCCACAGGUUAUUCUAAAAGCUGGGAAGUAUGCAGUCAGCUUGGGCAAUCAGAAGGCUACCAGGAUUUGUGUAUGCGUCAGGAGCUCAUGGCUUUUGCUCUGACACACUGUCCUCCGAGUGCCAUAGAAGCAUUGCUGGGAGUGAGCAGUUUGUUGCAAACCCAGAUUCUUUAUCAAGCUGUGAAUUACCAGUUUCUUCCUUCAGAAGGAGGUGAGAACAUAAAUAUCACAGGACCUUCUUUGUUGAUCUGUAAGGAUACAGAGGAUGACACCAACGUCUCCUCUAGCCAGUCUGCUGAUUUGUUGUACUGGACGACAUCAAAAACGAUGAAGGUGUUGUCUAACACAACUAUGACCACAAAAGCCAUGCUGCAUGCGGUCAGUGAUGGACAGUGGUGGAAGAGAUCGUUAACUUAUCUUCGACCAUUACAUGGCCAAGAAUUUGGAGAUGUAUUAAAAUGUGGGCCUGGAGAAAAUGCCACUGUGGAAAAGCAAGGCUGUCAUCCGUUUUAUGAGACUCUAAUUGCUGACCCAUAUGUUGCAGAAUCUGAAAUCAGCUACGGCACAUACCAGAACAAUUCUUUGGAAAGCUUUGCAGAAGUAUUGCUGAGGACAGAGAAACUAACAGAAACAAAGAGCGAAGGAAAAGACCUUCUUCCAACUACAGAAGUUCUGCUACAACUUGCAAGUGAUGCUUUACCAAAUGAUAUGGCCUUGUCUCUUGCCUAUCUACUUGCACUGCCGCAGGUGGUAGAUGCCAACAAAUGCUUUGAAAAGCAAUUACAUUCUGCAUUAUCCCUCCAGCUGGCAAGUUAUUACUAUAGCCUGCAGAUCUAUGCUCGUUUGGCACCGUGUUUCAAGGACAAAUGCCACCCUCUCUACAGG